CGGCAGUACCACUUGCGAGCUGGUAACCGCUUUGCGCUCUGGGUACUACCAGUAAAUUGUUUGGGUCCCUCAUCGAAAUCGCACAUUAAUUAAACCAGUUUGUGGUUCUGAAGAGACCACAACAACUAUUUCAGUUAUAAACAAUAGUGACAAUAUUUGCAUGUGUGUUUAGUGUUUUAGUUGAAAAAUUAUUAAGCUUCAUAAUGAAUCCCCUACUAGUAUUUCCUUUACUCCUCGCCACUGUAACGUCAGCUCAGAUGAUUCAAGAACAAGGCUGUUUUAGACCUUACCAAGACAAUCAACCGGCUCAGCAUUCUCGUGCCAGCCUUUACGGCGGUCAACAAGAGUUUUCUUUGGCCCUACUAAACGCCAUCAACAAAGUAAUGCCAAAAGAAAACCUAUUUUUCUCACCUUAUUCUACUUACCACGCGUUGCUGAUCGCUUACUUUAUGGCUGGUGGUCAAACUGAACAAUACUUGAAGAAAGUAUUGAGAUUAGGAGAAAAUCAAGGAAAAUCAGACAUUUAUGCUGCCUACAAAUUGGAUAAAUUUAUGACCAAAUUCAUUGCAAGUAAUAAUUCCCUGUACGAAUUCACAAGUGCCAACAAAAUCUACGUGUCUAAUGAAACCCAAAUAAGACAAUGCGUACAAAAUGACUUCACCGAUGAACUAGAAUCAUUCCCAUUUAAAACCAAUCCAGAACAAUGCAGAUUAUCCAUAAACAACUGGGUAGAAACCACCACUCAUCACAUGAUCAAAGAUCUACUACCGGCAGGUACCAUCGACGCUUCUACCAGUUUGGUACUGGUAAAUGCGGCCUACUUCAAAGGAAUUUGGGAGAACAAGUUCAAUCCAAACCUGACCAAACCGGAAAUUUUCUACGUGAGUCCCACGAAGCAAAUUAUGGUCGAUAUGAUGCACGUCGAAGGAACUUUCAAGCAUGAUGUCUCUGAAACACUGGGAGCACACAUUCUCGAACUACCCUAUCAAGGCGACAAUAUCAGCAUGUAUGUUUUACUUCCGCCUUUUUCCAAUACCGAAGAUUCCAUUGACGCCACAUUGAAAAACCUCAAUAUUGAAAAUUUCAAAACUGUGGUCAACAGAAAUUCGCUUAUUUCACGAACAGUGCAAGUGGCUUUGCCCAAAUUCAGUUUGGAAACAACAGUCGAAUUAGUUCCAGUCCUUGAAUCCCUUGGUGUUGGCAACCUUUUCAAAGAGAACGCAAACUUUCACACUCUAACCGACGAUACGGUGUCAGUUGGCGAGGGCAUCCACAAGGCCCGAAUCGAAAUUAACGAAAAUGGAGCUCACGCCGCAGCAGCCACUGCUUUUCUGUCUUGGAGAAUGGGCGACGACGAAGAACCACCAAUCCAAUUCAGAUGCGACAAACCUUUCGUUUAUUUAAUCUACAACGCCAACACUCACACCAUUUUAUUUACCGGAGUCUUUAGAAGACCAUGAUGUUUUUAACAAAACUAAUACUCUUUUUUUUUUAUUAUAAGACUAAUUUAAAUUAAAUAAAAUAUUUCUACGAAAGUCUAUUUAUUAUUAGGUGCUUGAAAAAAUGGGAAUUGGAGACCUCUUCCAACAAAACUCAGAUCUAUCGGGUUUGAUCGAGCAAGGACAAGUCAGUGUAGGCAACGCGUUGCAUAAAGCCAAAAUCGAAGUGAACGAAGAAGGUACCAAAGCAGCUGCAGCUACUGUAUUGUUCAGCUUCAGAUCCAGUAGACCAGCCGAACCAGCGCAAUUCAUUUGCAAUCAUCCUUUCAUUUAUUUUGUUUACGAUAAAGUACUGAAUGCUAUGCUUUUCAGUGGUGUAUUCAGACGACCAUAUUAACAUAUUGGCUAAUAAAUAAAUCACUGUUCUGAAACUUUGUAAUGGAAAAUCGCGAAUUGUUAAAACCGACAAGUAUUUUGAUGCCUAUGAAUGUAGGAUUCAAUAAAUAGGUAUUAUGUUAAUUAUUACGCAAGGUGUGAUUGUAUUUUUUAUUUUGGAAAGGUUACCAAAAUGUGUAUAUAAUUUUUUGAUAUUUAAAACAAUAAACGUUUAAUCGCAUUGUAGGUAUUAUAGUUUCCAGUUGACUAUAAUAAUUAUUGAUGAAAGAGGUUUUUAAUAUAUCUUGAAAGUAUUUUUCAGGUGACUUAAAAGUAAAACCAGGACUUUUUAUACUUCAUCAACUUUUUCUAGUACAGUUAAAAUAAAAAAAAUGAUGAAAUUCUA